AUGUCCAACCUCGAGUCCUUCGUUCAUCUGGUGGUUCGGCAAGAUGACGCUGGAGCGGCCCCGGCGUGUGAUACGGGGAACGACUACGAUGGCCGCAUCGGCUUACGAAUAGCCGCGCUCUUCAUCAUAUGGGUCACUUCCUCGUUAGGCGCCGCCUUUCCCAUCUUUGCAAACAGGAACAAAGGGCUCAAAGUGCCAGACUGGGUCUUUUUCAUCUGCAAGUACUUUGGGUCUGGAGUCAUCAUCGCAACCGCCUUCAUCCACCUGCUAGCGCCCGCGAAUGAUGCAUUAACGAAUCCCUGUCUUACCGGGGCUAUCACAGAAUAUGACUGGGUCGAAGGUAUCGUGCUGAUGACCAUAUUUGUACUCUUCUUUGUUGAGUUGAUGGUCAUGAGGUAUGGGAACUUUGGCGGAGGACAUAGUCAUGAUGACGACCACGAUGGCCAUGCCCAUACUCAUGCUCAUGCACACGCUGUUGAGCUGGACAGGUCUACUACCGACACAGAAAUGACUGGAGCCCCGGAUUCACUGCCUUACAAAGACACUCCCGUGUCGAUGAGCCUGCCCCUGUCUACUCGGGUGUCUCGGCCUCAGAGUGCGCAUGUGCCCGGAGAAGAUCAUAUGGGACAUGUUCGUGAGCACAACGAAAUUGAGGAAGCCGCCAAUCCAUUCAGUCUCGAGGAUUACAAAGCACAAAUGACGGCGAUUUUUAUCCUCGAAUUCGGAAUCGUCUUUCACAGCGUCUUCAUCGGUCUGACCCUUGCUGUGGCCGGCAGCGAGUUCGACACUCUUUUCAUCGUCAUCAUUUUUCACCAGACCUUUGAGGGUCUGGGCCUGGGAUCCCGGCUCGCCGUGACACCGUGGCCGAAAGACCGACGAUGGACCCCGUACGUCCUGGCGUUGGCCUACGGCCUCAGCACUCCUCUGGCGAUCGCCAUCGGCUUAGGCGUGAGGAAGAGCUAUCCCCCUAAUUCCCAGACGACACUCAUCGUCAACGGCGUCUUUGACUCGGUGUCGGCCGGCAUCUUGAUCUACACGGGUUUGGUGGAGUUGAUGGCGCACGAGUUCAUGUUCAGCAGUUCUAUGCGAAAAGCGAGCGUACGAACAGUCAUGGCAGCUUUCGUCACCAUGUGUCUCGGUGCUGGAUUGAUGGCACUGCUUGGCAAAUGGGCUUAG